AUGUUACAAUUACAACCGCAGAACCUGCUUGUGCAGAAGACGUUUGGUGAAGCCGUUGAGGCUUUCCGCGAUGGAAAUCCGUUAACUUUGGAUCGUAUCGUGUCGGAUUUCGACUCAACCACUUUACACAUCUCCAAUGCCGAGGGUAAUAAAGGUCUCUUAUAUCUCAGUAUACGCACUAGAGCCUGGUCCAGUGUUCAGCGUUGUGGUAGCUCUGGUGGGCUCGAAGAGUUUUUAGAGGCCAAGUACAAGACACAACCCGGAGUGUCAGUAGCUUCCACUGUUGAAUCCGGCUACGACUACACUUUAGAAGUCGAUUUGAAUGUUUUGCAACCUGAAUCAGUGGUUCAGCUAUCACUUAUCAAAACCCUGGUGCUCAGCUACCCGUUCCAAUUAGCCUUUGAUGAGUUUGCGCAAUUGAGUAACACUCCUGAUUCACAAUCGCAGACUUUACACACUGUACAGUAUAGAGACGACGAAAACUUGUUUAUCAAGCCUGCAAAUGAUCGUAUUACAGCGAUUUUUGAAACUGCGUUCCAAGACGAGACCGACAAAGUAUUUGGAAAGGUGUUCUUACAAGAAUUCGUCGACGCAAGAAAGAGAAAUCGGGCAAUUCAAUCUGCUCCCCAGGUGCUAUUCUCGCAUGAACCUCCAUUAGAGAUUCAGGCCCAUUUGCAAGCAAACAGGACCCUCGACUCGAGCAGAAGAUUUGUUACCUUUGUGCUCUUCCCGCGUCACUUCCAGACGCCGGAACUACAAUUCUCUACCAUUUCACAGCUCACAUUAUUCAGAAAUUACUUCCACUACCACAUCAAGUGUUCUAAGGCCUACAUGCACUCUAGAAUGAGAUUCCGCGUAGAUUCGUUCAUAAAGGUUUUGAACCGCGCCAAAUUGGAUGAUGAGGAUGAUGAAGAUGAGGAGCAAGUUUCGCACACUAGAAGAACCAUCACAGGCCGUAAAGUGGUCUACUAG